CUUUUAUAUAUUUUUAUAUACACACACGCUAUAAAUAUAUAAAUAUAUAUAUAUAUAUAUAAAUAUAUAUAUAUAUAUUAUUUUAUGGAAUGAAAACUACAAUCAACAUGAGUCACCGCAAUCCCAUUCACUCGAUCGCAUCCUCAACUUCUCGAUCCCGAUCUGACCUCCCUCGAAUUCUCACCAUUACACCACCGAAUGUAGUUCACCUCUCCAGGAGUGCUACCCCAACCUCAAGGAGGGUUCGCUCACACUGGCUAUCUAAUUUUAUAUGUAAUUGGAGUCAGAGCUCCCGUUCUUCAAAGAUACUAUUCAUAUUGUCUUUUACACUCUUUACACUGCAGGUCAUUGUAACAACAGCUGUCUUGGCAUUAUAUUGGGACAUGUAUUGCGAUAAACCCCUGAGACUAUUCCUUGUCGUUUAUAUCAUUCGUCUCGUAAUUUCCUCGCCAUUUAGCAUCUACCUCUAUAUAGUUCCUGAUCAGGCACUUCAAUCUAUUAGAGUUAGAUCAGAUAUCUCAAUGGCCGAGAGAGGAGAGUAUUAUCCCGGCACAGAUCAAGAUAUAUUAUUACCCCCCUUGUCCAUGCCAACAACAGCACAUUACAGUCAGCCAAUCGAGACAUCACCCACAUCUACACCUACAGAUACAUCUACACUUAUACCUAUACUCACACCUACAAUUACGGCUACUUCCAACCGUUCAUUUAACAACGCAUCAGACUCGAUCAGAUCAAUGCCAAGAUACAGAGCCUCCGAUCUAAUGAACGCAAUAAGACGAAUUCGGUCAACCCUUGAUCUGUUUGCUGUCUUUUGGUUUCUGUUAGGAAACUACUUUUUAUUUACAUCCACAACCUGCGAAGACACGGCUGGCCCGAUCUAUUAUCUCUCUCUAUCAUUUAUCAUAUAUGGCUACAUUAUCAUUGCAUUUCCAUUCAUUCUUUGUGCAGCCGUUGUCUUUUGUCUACCUUGUGUUCUCGUCGGAAUGCAUUUGCUACACGUCGAUGAUGCAGUCGAAAUGGGAGGCGCGACUAUUCAAGAGAUUUCGCUUCUUCCCAUGUACCAAUUCAAAACUGUGCCCAUUCCCAUGAAAUCUUUUCCGUCAAUUUCCCAGAUUUACCUGCCACAGCCGCUCCCACAUCAUCACAACAACAACAACAACAACAACAACAGCAUCAACAAAAAUAAUGAUCAAAGGCAACAAAAGCAACAGAAUUUUAAGCUCGAUAAUUCCAUCUCAUCUACCAAAAAUAAACCCCAAGUAAAGCCACAAUCAGUCUCAAAAAGUUACUUUGAUCUAUUUUGGGUUUGGGUAGGAGCAGUUGAACCAGUAAUUACCCCUAGUCAACCAGAACCCAAAUACCCAACAAUCAAUAUACCACCAGAACAGGAUCGCUUGUGUGUGAUCUGUCUAUCGAACUACGAAGACGGCGAUAUACUUUGUAAAUUAUGGUGUAAGCAUCAUUUCCACAAAGCAUGUGUGUCCGAGUGGCUGGUAUUGAACUCAAAGUGUCCAAUGUGUAAACGCGAUUGUCGAUGUAAACCAGACCAUACUUCUACUUCAAGUACACCCUCGAUUUCAAAUCAUUUUUUCUGAAAGAAAGAGAAAUGCGGGUGUGUGUAUAUGCAUGUAGAUGGCCGUAAUUGUGGCAUUAAGUUACUUGUAGUAUUCUGACACCACUCACACAUAAUUAAAUAUUGUACCAUAUGCAUUUAUUUAUUUGAUUUCCUUCUAGCAAUAACAAAUACCAUACAAUCAGUCAAUGAUUUGAUUCCUUUAUUUUAUUACAUGUUUAUAAUUGAAUAAACAAACACACACACACAGAUAUACAUGUAUAUGUUUAUAUAGAUGAGUACAAGUGUGUGCAAGGUAUAAGUUU